AUGAUGCAGUUAAUAAGAACUGGUAGUACCAUGAAAGAAUUAUUUGGAACAAUAAAAAAGGGAAAUUUAAUUUUACGCAGCUUCAGUUAUGUCGGAACUCAACAGUACAACAUAACAGAAAAAUAUUGUAAAUGUGAAAAGGUUAAUUUUUUUCGAAAAUCAAUUUUUAUGAAUUCAUUUUAUUAUCCGAAAAUUUUUUAUUCAACUGAAAACAUUCAAGGAUCUUUAGAUAAAGUAACUUUUAUUAGUGUAUGCACAGAAACUUUAGAUUCUUUAACAGAGUAUUUCGAGGAGCUUAUCGAAUCUAUUCCUCAUUUAAAAAAUGCUGAUGUUACAUAUAGUGAUGGAGUACUAACUGUAUAUUUUGGCAAAAAGUAUGGUACAUAUGUCAUAAAUCGUCAAACACCAAAUUUACAAAUUUGGCUUUCUAGUCCCACUAGUGGUCCCAAAAGAUAUGAUUUUUCAGGUGGAACAUGGAUAUAUAAACAUGAUAAGACAACUCUCCAUUCAUUAUUAGAUAAAGAAAUUAAAGAAAUUGCUAAUCAAAAAGUUGAAUUUUCUGAAAAAUGUGUUUAUUCAAAAGUAACAGAAUAA